AUGCCGGGUCUGAGUUGUAGAUUUUAUCAACACAAAUUUCCUGAAGUGGAAGAUGUAGUGAUGGUGAAUGUAAGGUCCAUUGCUGAAAUGGGGGCUUACGUCAGCCUGCUGGAGUAUAACAAUAUUGAAGGCAUGAUUCUUCUUAGUGAAUUGUCCAGGAGGCGUAUUCGUUCUAUAAACAAACUCAUCCGAAUUGGCAGGAAUGAAUGUGUGGUUGUCAUUAGAGUGGACAAAGAAAAAGGUUACAUUGAUUUGUCGAAAAGAAGAGUUUCUCCAGAAGAAGCAAUCAAAUGUGAAGAUAAAUUCACCAAAUCUAAAACUGUUUACAGCAUUCUUCGCCAUGUUGCUGAGGUGUUAGAGUACACCAAGGAUGAACAACUGGAAAGCCUGUUCCAGAGGACUGCUUGGGUCUUUGAUGACAAGUACAAGAGACCCGGAUAUGGUGCCUAUGAUGCAUUUAAGCAUGCAGUCUCAGACCCAUCUAUUUUGGAUAGUUUAGAUUUGAAUGAAGAUGAACGGGAAGUACUCAUUAACAAUAUUAAUAGGCGUUUGACCCCACAGGCUGUCAAAAUUCGAGCAGAUAUCGAAGUGGCUUGUUACGGUUAUGAAGGCAUUGACGCCGUAAAAGAAGCCCUGCGAGCAGGUUUGAAUUGUUCUACGGAAACCAUGCCCAUCAAGAUCAAUCUCAUAGCUCCUCCACGGUAUGUAAUGACUACAACCACCCUGGAGAGGACAGAAGGCCUCUCUGUUCUCAAUCAGGCUAUGGCUGUUAUAAAAGAAAAGAUUGAGGAGAAGAGGGGUGUCUUCAAUGUUCAGAUGGAGCCCAAAGUGGUCACAGAUACAGAUGAAACUGAACUUGCAAGGCAGCUGGAGAGGCUUGAGAGAGAAAAUGCAGAAGUGGAUGGAGAUGAUGAUGCAGAAGAAAUGGAAGCCAAAGCUGAAGAUUAA